GAUGCCCAAGAUCAACAUUCCGAUUGCGUGUACCGUACAAUGUGCGUCACAGAACGAGACGAAGCAUCAGUCUUUUUCUCCCGAAUGUAUAACAAUCUGCCUUAGCCUAUCAGCUACUUCCGUUAUCUUCUUGUACUUUUCUAUUUGCCAGUGAGCUUCGACUUGAUUAUCAUUGGUGGCUUUAGCCUAUUGUAAUAUCCUCUGUGUUCGAAGACAAAGUAACUACUCGCGUUCCGCCCUCUCGAUUAUUUCAUCGACCGCAAACAUCUUGAACUAAGAACGCCGCACAUCUCGCUCUAGCACUAGCCCACGUUAGACUCGUGCAACAGACUCUGCAAGACUCACCCGCUGCACGGAAUUCCGGUGAGCAUUAUGUUGUUGAACAGUGAAAGACCAAACUAAAGGACACGCUACAACUGUUACUUGACUGGCAGUUCUACAUGGUUGUUUUAACGAUGUCUUCAAAACGCAAGAGUCCACCUUCAAAGCUGUUAACGAAUGAACUAAAUCAAGACAACUACGUCGAUGCUCCGUCAAACAUAGAGAAAAGCAACGACUUUCACUAUUCUGCAAUAGAUCUUAACGACGAUGAUUCUCUUUCAAGCUUCCCAGAUCUUGCAGAAGACAACAUUCAUCGCCGGAACACUGAAAUUAUUCAACGGCUGAGCUACUUUGAGGUUGGACGUGGACCACAAGAAUCUAAAGAAGCACCUCAUGACGACACUGAAGUCGACUCGUGUGACAGUGGAAUUAGGGACUUUGACAUAAAACCAACCUCUAGGCUGAUGCAAAACCGAAAGCGACGACUUUUACAGAACGUUUCUUCUGGCCACUCAGAGUCUUCGACAGAUUCAGAAUGUGACUCUGAAGAGGGUCACAGCACCACUGAAGGGGAAAGUCAGGCUCCAUCUGAGGUCAGCCAGUCGCCACAACCAUCUCUAACCACGGAUACCUUACGGCCAGCUAAUGGACCACAUGGGAAGCGCUCGAUGGAUGAUGUGUUGAAGCGGCUUGCUUCUAAAAUGAACACCAGCGCUUCACUUGGUGACGAAUCAGCUGUUUUAUACAACUGUCAUACAAGUGUUUCCAACACUGGUUCCAGACGGUGA